AUGGCCAGGCUUGAGAAGCAGAUUGAGAGUCGAUUAAACAACCUCGAGCAGGUUGUGGGAAAGGUAGCCGAGGCAGUCAACGUCGACGCCAAGAUGUACACAUCCCACGACCACCCAUUCACAGAAAAUAUUAUCCGGGUGCCGCUACCAGAUAAGUAUAAAUCACCCCCAAUUCCGCUAUAUGACGGAAGGAGUGAUCCAGAUGAUCAUUUGGAGGUCUACACCGGACAUAUGGUUCUCCACGGAUAUCCUGAGGAGAUCAUGUGCCGAGCAUUCAGGAAUCAUCUCUCUGAUUCUGCUAGGAGAUGGUUCAGAUCCUUAAAGCCCAACUCUGUAGCGAGUUGGGACGAUUUGAAGAAUGUCUUCUUAACUCAGUUCAUAGGAGUCAAGAAGUAUAUCCCACCGAAGCAGAACCUUUCAAGGGUCUACCAAGGGCCAGACGAGUCUCUCAAGGAUUGGAUCGCGAGAUUCGGAGAGCAAGUGGCUGCCACAGAGGGAAUCACAGAUGAGGUAGCACUAAUGGGAGCCUUGGCCAGCAUGAGGAGGGAUAUCCCAUACAGUACAGACCUUGACCGGAGGCCACCACAAACAUAUAAGGAGUUCUUGGUGAGGGCUCAAGGAUUUAUCAACGAAGAAGAAGUUGAGGCCAAUGACCCUGAGUGCCGAUCGAACAAGAGCCAAGAAAUAGAGGAGCGGUCUACCUCUGAGAAGCAAGAAGGCCAAAAGCGUCGCGGUAAUGGUAAUGAGGAUGAACCUGAAGCUUCGACUCUUAGUCAGCCGGAAGCAAAGAAGCCAAGGCAAGAAAACGACGGAAGGCCUCGACCCUUCCAACAAUACGACUCAAUACCAACGACUACAAGGACUUGA